GAAGAUCUGACUGGACUUGAUCCGGAGCUCUUUGUUCCACUCAAUCGGAGUUCCGUAGGAGAAGACUUUGCCCACCAGUUCGAAGCAAGACCUGAAGCAACUCUGGACCGAAUUUACAUGUUGGAAUGUGCUCGUUCUCCCGACGCCUCACCGGGGCUCGGAAGCUUGGCCCCCUUGACCACCGGUGGCCAGGAGUAG